AUGAUUGACUUAAGAGAACACUGUGAACUUCUAAGGCCUUUAAUUGCUGUUUACACCUCUCAUUCAGCGCAUGAAUCGGCAGAAAAGAACGGAUUAGACUUCGCACAAAUGCUUUUGCCUUUUUCCAGCGUGUUAAUUCAAAUAAAGGAUCCAAUCAGUCAACAGCAACAUGAACACAAACUUCGUUUAGACUUACGUGACCUACGACGGAGUGGGUUUUUGCUCAGCCAUACCGUCUUUCGUUAUGUCAUCCAAGAGAGCAUUCUUUCUUCCGCUGGAUGCUCUAUUCCAUCCACAAAUAACCAAGAAGAAAUAGGCAUUAAUAGCAUACUCACCAAUUCAUUUUACCAAACAUUUAUACAUUGGCUAGAACCUUCCGAACAUGAAUUCCUGCGUACUUAUUUGGCCUGUAUUUUUGUUGUUUCUACAGCGGAUUCAGAUCCAUUAAAUAAACUUGCAGAACUACAAGCUGAGCAGCAAUGGGAGCAGCAAAAUGAAGGCGGAAAUUCAACAGCAAAACGUAUUUCACCAGCCCAUUGUGUGCCUCCAAAGUGGUUUUUUCCCAACGUGCUCAAGUAUUAUGUACUGCUUCAUGACAAUUCUUUACAGGAUCUGGACAAACAGAGAUAUGAGGAAAUACUUAGAGCCGUUUAUGAACGUUAUGGCGAGAAAUUUUGCUCAUUCAUUACUUUGAAUUCUGCAAACCCUUCUGAUUCAACUUAUACCAGUAUGCCUGAUAUUUGGAGGCUAUUAGUUGAUCCUAUUCAAGAAAAUUUACAAACGGGUCUUAAACUAGCCAAACAAAAUUUGUAUUCCUCAAAUGAUACUAAAACCGGGUCCCAAAAUAAUAUUACAAAUUUUCUAACCCGACAACAACAACAGCCAACUUAUCUACCUCCUGUUUCUUCUUCACCAGCACUUUCAUAUGAUAAUGAAGCAACGACGUCUGUUAAUCCUUCCUUAUUCACAACCAAUGCAGAGUUUAGCAUUGGUCAGAUAAAUUCAACUUUUCUCCAAAAUGAACAUUCAUCUGUUGUAAAUAAUUUGCCUAUAACAAAAUCGCCUAUGACUUAUGCACAGAUUACUUCUGGAUCUACCAACUCUACAACUGCAUUUUUACCAAACUGUGAUAAAUUAACUUCAAAAAUAUCAAGUGAAAAUAUUUGCGAUCAUGAUAUCGAGAUGACCAACAAAAUUUAUGGUCAAUGGUUGUCUGUUGAAGACCGGCUGGGUUUACAGAAAUUUGUCGAGGAAUUUGUUCGAGACGCGCUCGUUCCUUUUGUGGAGAAACACCUAUCAGACCAAAAUGAAUUUUUGCUCAAUAAAAGAAGUUUAGCUAAAACCACAUUUAGCUCCAUGAAAAAAUGGCUUCAAACUGCGACAACUAAUACAAAUCCCACACCAAUCUUUAAUGUGCAACAGUUACAUCAAAGCCAGUCUUCAACUAAUCUGCCAAUUUCUGUUAAUAUUUCAACCGAGAGUGUUGAAUAUCAAGCAAGACGUUUAGCAGAUUUAGCUUUCCUCUUUGGACUAUACCAAUAUGCAAAUCAGUUUUAUCAGUCUUUGAAAAAGGAAUUUGCCAGCGAACAGGCCUGGAUACAUCAUAUUGGCUGUUUAGAAAUGGCAGGUAUUUCUGCCUUCUUGCAUUCUUGGCAACAACUUUCGCAACAACUUAUUAAUCCGACAUUAAGAUCGGUCGCUCUGGCCAACUUACGAAAACUUUAUCCACAAAGAUAUUUGAACAAUGCCAUUAAUUUAUAUGCAAAUGUCUUCAGACAACCAUACCUGGCACUACGUGCACUCAUGAACAGUGUACUAAUACUAACGCAGCUUGAACUUUAUUCAGAAGCUGCUCAACAACUCAUUUUAUUUAAUACAUUACCUGAACUAGUGGAUCUAGCUGAUUUGAUUGGAGCUGUUCUGUUGGAACAUUCAGCACGAAUUUUUGCUAAAGCGGGGAACAGACGACGGAAAUUAGCUUUUUAUCUGGUAACUGCGGGAACUCAUGUACUUAAAUUCGCCUCUAAAAGGCAGAAAAUUUCGGCAGAAAUGUUGAGUCGAGCAAAACUCUUGUCACGUCGUCUAUAUUCUGAAGUUCUACAUUCAUCAUCAUUUACGGGAAAAGGCUGGGCAUGGGCAGAUGAUUAUCUUUUAUAUCAAUACAUCUCAUGCCUAUAG